AUGGAGAAAACUCCAGCAUUAACAGUGGAGAACUUCAUCGAUAACUGGAACAUUGAUUUUCCGAACUAUCCUCUGACGCCACCUGAUCUUAAGAAGUCGCACACAGUAAUGGGUGCGCUAUUCCAUGUUUUCGAUCGACUUGGCAUAGACAAGGAAGCUGUGUUACAGGCACCGUCUGAGGAUGAAACAAAUAAACAUGUUAUGUACUACAGGGAUUUGGUUCCUGUGAUCAACAUGACUCGCAUCAUUAACCACCUUGUCUCUGUGAUGCCACAAGUCGGGGCUAAUAUCAGCAUCAUUCAUUUCCUGCAACCAACAGCCACAACAUCACAUUCUAUACUACUGUUACUCUACAACCUCAUGGUGUUCAAUGAAGAGCGCCUAAGAGAUAUUGCACCAUAUGAAGAGGAGUUGUUCUCCAAAAGUGAUGAGGUAAAAACUUUAGAGAAUAGAAAAAAUAGACUACUUGAAAUGCUCAAUGAGCAGGCAGAGGAAAAGGGAAAGAGAGCUGAAACAAUGGAGAAGCUAGAAACCGAAAUAAAUAAGUUUUAUGAGGAACUUAAGCAAGAGAAGGAGGCCCACGAGAAAGAAAAGCAAGAGUUGGAUAUGAUUUUGAAUGAGAACAAACAAGCAGAGAUACUUUUAAAACAGAAGAAAGCUCACCGAGACGGCCUUGUAGCAGAAGUCGAGAAAAAGAGAUCACAGAGAGUAUAUGAUGCGGAUGAUAUCAAGGCUCAAGCGGAACAAGCAGCACAAAAUGUUCGAGAAGCAGAGGAAAAGCUCAACUCCUUGAGAGCAACACUGAUGCAGAAAGAGAACAGCUUGAAGAAUUUGCAUGCUCUAAAGCCCAAUUUGGACACAGCUAACAACUUAUUGCAUGAGAUUAUGAAGCUAUCAGAGGGCAUGAAAGACGAUGAUUCUGACGAUUUAGAGUUGGACAGCAAAGAUGGGGAACUAGAAGUGUUCAACAUGGAAUUGAACGAACUGGAGGCACAGUUAGGCGAGUUGAGGGCGGCUAGAGAGGAGGCUGCCAAAAAGAGACAGGAGAGUCAGGCCAGAAGAGAGCAGGAGAGGAUGCAGGAGAAAAUGAAACUCGCGGAUGCCGAAGAGAAGGAAAGGAAAAACCAAGAGAGGGCUAAGAAAGCGGCACAGCGCAUACUGGAAAUCAAACAACUGACAGUUAAAUAUGAAGAGGAAAAGGCGCAAGGAAUGCAGGAGCUUCCCAGAAUUAAAGAUACAUUCACAAAUGAAUUAAAUUCCAUUGAAGAAGCUUUAAUAAACAAAGCGUUGGAAGCCAAAAAGAGGAUAGAGGAAACACUUCGGAGCAGAAAUAACCGU